AUGGAAGGCAACAAAGACGAGGCUCUGCGUUGCCUCCAGCUGGCCAGACGCGCCCUCGAGUCCCAGGACUUCGCAAAGGCCCUGCGAAUGGCAGAGCGUGCGCAGCGGAUGUUUCCGACGUCAGAGGGGGGGACGUAUGUAUCGAUUUGCUCCUCGAAAUUGAAGGAGUCUUCCCAGUCGUCGGAGCCUCGCUUUCGCUCGGGCUCAUCAAGCCAAGGCGCGCGGGAGGCUGCGCGUGCUGCGCCACCGGAAGUUCCCUCCACGUCUGCUGGGAAGGCCAACGAGAACGGCAGCGAAGGGGCGAGCAGCCGCCUCCACAGAGAAGGCACUUCUCCUGCGCGAAGACGAACCAGUUACAGCAGCGCCUACUCCAGCAGCCACGUUAAGCCGGAGUCUGCGGACCCCGACAACUCCAGCUCUCCUGGCGCACGCAUGCAUGCAACGCAUGCGACGCACGCACAGCCCAAAGUCGCCGCGAGUUUCAGCUCUAGGUCGCAGUCCUCGUCUUCGUUCUCGUCUUCAGAGAGAGCGGAGUCGACCCUUCCGAGAAGCAGCAGCACUCCUGCUGCUGCUUCCAGUCGGGGCAACUACACCGCAGAACAAGUCGCUCUUUGCACGCGAGUCCUGACCACGAAGUGCUACUACCAGACUCUGGGGGUCGACAGAGGCGCCACAGACGAGGUGAUCAAAAAGGCCUACAAAAAGCUGGCACUUCAACUUCACCCCGACAAAAACCGUGCUCCUCACGCGGAAGAGGCGUUCAAGAAGGUCUCAAAGGUCUCCCAGUGCCUCCUCGACCCCGAGAAGAGAAGCCGCUACGACCAACACGGGGAGGAAGAGGCGGCGAAUGGAGGAACGCGGGUGCGCUAUCGUCAGGAGGAAGGAAUCACUCCUGAGGAGUUAUUUCAAGCCUUCUUUGGCUUUACCAUGGGCGACCCAGGUCGAGGACGCGGGCAGACGCGCUACUACUACCAGAGGCGGCCUCAAAGAGGGAACGGAGAGGAACAUGGUGGAGGCCUUUAUUACCUUCUACAAAUUCUCCCGAUGGCCAUCAUGUUCCUCAUCAUGUUCGUCGGCAACUUUUUCCCGCAUUCUGGCACGCAGCCGACAGCGCCGUACUCGUUUCUGCAAACGUCCGACUAUCCCGUGCAUCGUCUGACACGCUACCACAGCGUGCGGUUCUACGUCUCUCCGUAUUUUCGGCGAGAUUACCCCGACGAAUCCGAAAAGCUGAGAGAUCUGGAGAUGGCAAUCGAGCUGAAGUUUUACCACAGCAAAUGCCAAAAAGAGAAAGAAGAUCUGUCCAGACAGUUGAACGUCGCACACUACUAUCGCGCCUCCGAAGCGAAAGUUCGGGAAAUCCUUGACAGGCCUCGUCCGCACUGUCAAAUCUACGACUCCUUGUGGAGUCAACGGACGCGGCGGAGCUAG